UGCUAUUUUAAUUAAAGCAAUGCACGAGAGGAAAUUGCUGUCUGAAUAUUGUCUCAGAGAUGGGGUUUGUGACAGUUGCCUGGAAACUUCAAUCUGUCCCACAUUUAUUCCAGAUCACAGUUAUAAGAUAAAGUUUAAUACAAAUCUUUGCCCGAAUGAAAUCCAACCCUUUCUUGAACAACAGCUACAAUGAAACAGAACUGCGGAGGAAACCUUAUGUUUAACAUGUAUCUCUCAGAUCCAACAGAAAAUCUGUUGAAAGAAAGCAAAAGUGGAUCCUGGUGUCCCAUAAAUACAGGAGCGCAAAAAGGUAGUGGACAGAUUCAGCUAUGGCAGUUUCUCCUCGAACUCCUGUCAGACAGCGCCAACAUGUCCUGCAUUACCUGGGAAGGAACGAACGGAGAAUUCAAGCUCYUUGACCCAGAUGAGGUGGCCCGGCGAUGGGGCGAGCGCAAAAGCAAGCCCAACAUGAAUUAUGACAAACUCAGCCGCGCAUUGCGCUACUACUAUGACAAAAACAUCAUGACAAAGGUUCAUGGGAAGCGAUAUGCUUACAAGUUCGACUUUCACGGCUUGGCCCAGGUGUGUCAACCCUCAACAACAGAGCAAGCUCUUUAUAAAUUCCAGAGUAAUUUUGCCCCUAUUCCCUUUUCAGGGAUUUCUAAGCUAAGCCUUGUUGGUCCAGGUGUUGGUCCGUCCGGAUUCUCCUAUUGGCCGGGUUCGCCACCCACUCUCUACCACAGUCACAACCUCCAACCCCCGGGUCCGUUUGGUGCUGUGUCCGCUUCGCACAUCAACUGUGUCAAUAACAUCAACAACCUGAAUAACAUCAAUAACCACUACAAUUGACUACUAUUAAUCCACCAAUAAGGRCUAAUCAUAAUUCUCGAUGAUUGAUGUAGUAUAAGGCGUGUCUUUUUGGAUUAGUCCUAAUUAUGAUUUUUCCUUUCGAAACAUUGUCUUAUCCUAACUGAAUAUGCCAAGGCGCAAUUCAUUAAACAUUUUGUGGAAUGUUUCAAAUGCAAUAACAUGUGUUUUCAGAUAGGCUAUGUGUUUUAGACUAAAUUCAGAUAAAGAACCAUUUUCUUGACAAUUUGUUUUGUCUUUGAUUCGACAGGACACUGGUGCCUACACCUCUGAAAUUGCCUGGGCUUUUAGCGCCAUCAUGUGGCUAUAAAUUAAACAUAUAAAUACUGAAUUGAUCUCA